ACUGAAUGCCAUUUGUCUGUGAAAUGUGUGUUUGUUUUGAUUUGAAUUACAGUUUAAAUUAAAUGCGAAAAUAAUGUCAAAUCUAUUGCGAAUUCAUAUGAAAUUAUUGCCCAAAUUUCAUAUUAAAAGUCCAAACAUUUGUUUCUUUCGGUUUAAUAUAUGUUUAAAUCAUAAGAAAAAUACUUUGAGUUUAAUAUCAGUUCGUUGUUUGACUUCAAACCAGAAGUCGUAUCAGAAGUACAAAAGUAACCACUCUUUGGCUGAACGACAAAACGCAUCCCAAAAUGAGGUCACGAUUGGAGCCAAAGUGAAGCAAACCACUCAAGACAUCACUUACUUUGGUGUUAUACUAUUGGGUGUUUCAGUGACGGCAAUAAUCCUUUGGGCGAUAUUUCGAGAGCUGUUCUCAUCGGUCAGUCCUUCGGUGUUGUAUUCAAAUGCACUAAAACUCUGUAAAUCUGAUGUACGAGUUGUUGAGGCGAUCGGCGAUCCCAUCAAAGGGUUCGGCGAAAUGUCUUCGCGCGGCCGCAGACGACACGUCAGUUCUCUUGAGUACGAAAAGGAUGGACAACAAGUGAUUCGCGUUAAGUUCUAUCUGAAAGGAUCCAAAACCAGUGGAACCGUUCAUUUGGAGGCAUUCAAGAGGUCAUCCAAGUCUAAGUAUAGAUACCUUUUCGUUGAAUUAGACAAUUCUCGUCACGUGAUUGUCUUGGAGGACAACCGACGCCUCGAAGACAACGUAAAGUUAGACCCGAUGUCUGAUUUAGUGGCCGUUUGGGACGUCCCUCUAUGCGAUAGAGUGCAUAGAAUUGAGUUUGAGCAUGGUACUACUACUGGCAAACGGGUCCUCAAAGUCGAUGGACAGGAGAUCGUACGGCGGGAAUGGAUGUUCAAACUGGUGGGCAGUGAGGCGUUUGAGAUCAAGGGAGAAGAGGGACAGGUUUACGCCAAAUGCGAAAUUUUGAUUAACGCGAGCACUGGAUUCACGUAUGAAUACUCAAUGGUUGUGAACGGAAAGCAGUUGAAGAAAUUUAAGGAAAAGCAGUCAAAAGUAAUGAGCACUUGGAUUGUGGAAAUUGGCGAUCAAAUGUGGAGAAUAGCUUUGGAGAAGGAAACGCUUGAUAUUUGGGUGAAUGGAGUGAAGGCGGAGACCAAUCAUGAGUUUGCCGACGAGGGAACGGAAAUGCAUUUUCUCAUUGAGUCUCAACACAAGGCAUGCAUUAAAACAAUCAGUUCUGGCAAUAAAAAAGAGGGAAUCGUUUACUCGCUUAUUGUUAACGAUAAAGAAAUCACAAAU